AUGCUCUCUCCCAACCUGAGUGUGAAUUGCAGCGAGGGGAGCCAGGGGCUGUGCGGGCACAGGGGGGCUCUCUCUCCCCAGGAGCUGGCUCCAGCUUUCACCCUGAGCCCCAGCGGGCACCUGGUCGCCGCCGUGUGCCUGGGCAGCAUCGGGCUGCUGGGCUUCACCAACAACAUGCUGGUGCUGCUGCUCUUCUGCCGCUACAAGGUGCUGCGCUCUCCCAUUAACCUGCUGCUCGCCAACAUCUCGGUGAGCGACCUGCUGGUGUGUACCCUGGGCACCCCGUUCAGCUUCGCCGCCAGCGCCCGGCAGCGCUGGCUCAUCGGGGAGAUGGGCUGCAUCUGGUACGGAUUCGCCAACACCGUCUUCGGCACUGUAUCAUUGAUUUCAUUGACUAUACUUUCAUACGAUCGUUAUAUUACCAUCACUGGAGCCACAGAAGCCGACAAGACAAACUACAGCAAAGCAUUUGCAUGGAUUUCAUUUUCUUGGAUCUACUCAUUGAUAUGGACAUUGCCCCCUCUAUUUGGAUGGAGUCAGUAUGGUCCUGAGGGACCAGGAACCACAUGUUCCGUGAACUGGCAUUCAAAAGAUACAGCCAAUGUGUCCUAUAUUGUGUGUCUCUUCGUCUUCUGUCUGGUCAUCCCCUUUCUGGUGAUUGUCUACUGCUAUGGAAAGAUAUUGUUGACAGUGAGGAAGGUGAGAGUAAGCAAUUCCACAGGACGUGCAAGAGAGCACAAGGUUCUGCUCAUGGUGACUUCAAUGGUGGCCUGUUUCCUGCUAUGCUGGCUACCUUAUGGAGUUGUAGCACUCGUGGCUACUUUUGGACGUCCUGGUCUGGUCUCUCCAGCUGCCAGCAUUAUCCCAUCAAUCCUUGCUAAAAGCAGCACUGUCUACAACCCCAUUAUCUAUGUAUUCCUGAACAAACAGUUUUACAGAUGUUUCAAAGCACUGCUGACCUGUCAGAAUUCACCUGUUGGUAUAAGCACAAAAAGUUUAUCGAAGACUACAAAGAAUAGUCGCAAUAUCCAAAGGAAGAACACCAGCUUCAUGAGAGCUUUGGUUGCUCAACGCACAUCUGUCAAUAAAAACCCAUAUAGCAUGAAAGAAGAUACGGUCAACAAUGCUUUAAGUGAAUUUUCAAAGCCACCAGUAUCUCUAGUGGUACGCUACAAUGACUGA